AUGUUUGAUUGGCUAACCUUACUCACUUCAAUCAUCACCGAUAUCUUAGCAUUUAGUCGCAGUAAUACAAUGUUUGUCGUAUGUCCUCCGUUUGCCGUUGCAGUUACGAAAUAUCUCUCCAGUGACUUAUCUAUAUCACAUUUAUUCCAUGCGUGGCUAUCGAGUUUCAUUUAUUUAUAUCUUUACAUUGUACAAUUCAACAUCAAUAAUGAUAUCGCAGGCGUCGAAGGCGAUCGAAUUGGUAAACCAUGGCGACCUAUUCCUUCAAAUCGUGUUAGUAUUCAACGGGCUUGGAAACUCUAUUUCAUCGUUGUCGUAAUCUAUUUUCUUUAUUCUUAUUAUAUCAAUCAUGUGUUUUGCUGUAUUCUGUGGAUUGUGUCGACGAUUAUUUUGAACUUUACUUCAAUUCAAAACACAAGUGUUGGAAAAAACUCCAUGAUUGCUCCGGCUACGUAUGCAAUGGUAACUGUUAUCUGGUGUUUAGUAAACAAUGUUUCGAAUAUACUGGAUCAUCCGCAUGUUCUAUGGAAUUUGAUCUUCAAUUCAGUAAUCACAGCUGCCGUCGCUGUUCAACAAGAUAUGAGAGAUAUUGAAGGAGAUCGUGUCCAAGGUAGACGAACAUACUCGGUCGUCAUGGGAAGUCCACACGCAGAAAAAUUCAUUGCGAAGAUCGUGUUCUGUGCAUUAAUUUGUCUUCUUUUCGAAGGAUAUUUUAUCGAACAAAAACGCCUAGUCAGUAAAUUAACAUAUAUGAGAGUAUAUCCAAUGAGACUUUAUGUUGAUAAGUAUGCGAGUUUAAACUUGAUUUUUGUAACAGAUAAUGGAGAUAUUUUGAUUGCUAAUAGUGCACUCAACGGUCGAGUGAAUAAUUGGAUAUUAGAGGCAAAAACAUUUUUACCUGUAAUGAAUAUUAAUAGAUCAUGUUGGGGUCUUUUCGUUGAUGUAAAUGACGUUCUAUAUUGUUUAGCAUAUGAAUGCCAUCAAGUUGUAGAAAGACGAUCGAAUGGUAUUCAGAUGAAACUCGAAACAGCUGCUGGAACAGGCAUUGUCGGAUCUACUUUGAAAGAACUUAACGGGCUGCAUGGGAUUUUAGUCAGUACGAAUUUGAGUUCAUACGUAGCAGAUUGUAAUAAUAAUCGAGUUUCAUUGUUCGAAUUCGGCGAUUCCGGCGGAAUCUAUUUGUCUAUUGUCGAUUCUUGGAAUGAUCGUAUUGUUGGACAAUGUUCAAAUGGUUUUCGAUGUUUAAUUGGAUGCGAUGAUAGAGAACUAUGUUCCAAGCAAUUAAGCCAGCCGUAUAGUGUUAGUUUUGAUACCUAUGGAAAUAUGUUUGUCAAGGAUUAUAAUAAUGAUCAAAUUUAG